UUUUCUAUUUUGAAAUACAAUUACACUAAAAAAUUUGCGAAAUGAGUAAAAUUUCAAUUAAAUCAAAUGUAAGCCAAGAUGACUCUAGUAGUAUCGAUGUGGCAUCCAUAUUUCCGAAAGCAUUGCCAGAAUUUAAAGUGGGGCCUAUAUAUGAUGAGUGCGGUUUUACGCUUAAUGAGAGGUUGGCUUUAAGACAGGCCUGGAAACUAAUUAAACCUUUCGAGCGUCGCUAUGGAAAAGAAAUUUACUUUGAAUAUCUGAUGGAAAAUUAUAAAGUUACUGACAAUUUUCGGAUAAAUGGUAAAUUGGAUAUGCAUCGUUUGCAUGGACAUAGUUUGGCUUUCAUGCGCUAUAUAAAUGCCGUAAUCGAACAGAACGAUCCGGUAUUCUUUCAAAAUAUGCUCUUCGACAAUCAUAAUAUACACAGCCGUUGUCAGGUUUCUCUAAUUCAUAUGAAGAUGCUGUUAGAAGAUCUAAUUCAAUAUGUGCUGGAAAAGCUGAAGGACGUUAGUUCGGCUUCGUUGGAGAGCGGCUUUCAACGGCUUUUGGAGAAGUUUCAGUUCGAUCAGCCCGAAAAAUCGAAUAGUUUAUUUAAGCGCGAUGCAAGCGAUGAAGAAUAAUAAAUUAUGAAAUCACUCAUACGCCUCAUAGAA